AUGGCGUGCCUAUCGUUGGCCACCUUUGUCUUUUGGCUCCUUGUGCUGCAGAAUGCGGGCGUCGUCCUGCUCAUGCGGUACACGCGUGCCACGCGUGGCGAGAGCGACUACGUGCCACAGGUCGUGGUGCUGACCAUCGAGGUGGCCAAGCUGGCGGUGUGUGCGGCCGUCCUCUGUGUCGGCGAAGGCUUCGGGCCCGUCUGCACAGGCUUCCUUCGCCAGUCUGCACAGUCGGCCGUGCCCGCGCUCCUCUAUCUGCUGCAAAACAACAUCAUCUUCUUCGCCAUCUCGCGCAUCGACGCGCCGACCUUCCAGGUGCUGUACCAGAGCAAGAUCGCGCUCACCGCGCUCCUCUCGGUGCUCAUGCUCGGCCGCCGGCUGUCCGCGCGUCAGUGGCUCGCGCUGCUGCUGCUGACG